AUGGUGGAAAUAUUUGAUGGGGGUUUAGGUACUGAAUUGGCCAAAAUAGUUACUUUGGAUAGUAAAUUAUGGUCAGGGGGACUUCUUCUUACUAACCCACAACUUAUACAAGACCUUCAUGAGAAAUACGUUAAAGCAGGAGCAAAAUAUAUCACCACAGCUAGUUAUCAGACAUCGUAUAGUAGCUUGCGAGAUGAGGGAUUGGGUGCAAAAAGUGAAGAGAUUUGGGCAACGUCGUUGAAAGUAGCACAAGAGGCUGCUAAACUAGCUGAAGGUGUGAAAGUAAUGGCAAGUAUAGGACCUUAUGGAAGUUAUGUCAAUGAUGGAUCUGAAUAUACUGGUCAGUAUGACAUAAGUCUUCCCCAGCUUAUUGAAUUCCAUCGACCAAUGGUUGAUUUCUGGAACAAGAGCGAAGCUGAUAUAAUCAUUUUCGAGACUGUACCCAACCCAAUUGAGCUUCAAGCCAUCUUAUCAUUAGCCAUCACUAAACCUUAUAUUAUCAGUUUCAGGGUCAAUGAUCUCAUGACAAUCGAAGCCAUCAACAAAACAUCCUUCACUGAUGCAUUGGCUAUCGGGAUCAAUUGUGUUGACUACAAAGAUAUCACAGAGUAUUAUGGCCAACUCACUUCCACGAAAAACGUUGUAGUAUACCCUAACUAUGGAUACCAAAUGAUAAAUAAUCAAUACCAAUCAACUCCCGAACCUUCAAAAUGGGAAGAAUGUGUAAAGCAAUGGAUAAGUUUAGGAAUUUGGGGCAUAGGUGGAUGUUGUUCCACCUCCCCUGAAGAAAUUGCCAUAAUUAGCAAAUUACUUACUUAG